AUGUAUGUUUACAUAUGUAGUGUUUUAGUGCACGGUGGUUGCGAUUAACGCUCAGACUUAGCGUAUCUGGAUCUGCGCGUGAAAGAGAUAUCAACGUGACGGGUCGAGUGAAAAGAGGUGCGAUGUCGUAGUCGUCGUCGAUAUGAACGAGAGCCGGUGCUACACGGAUUCGCCCGUGCUCGUCGAACAUCAGGCCUUCAACCGUAAUGGGAAGGCGCUUAGGGGAUCUAAGAAAAGCGUGCUGUUCUAUACGACCGACUGCGGCGACGAAAAGGAAGACCUGAAUCUUAAACUUCAGCAACGGUCCGUCUCGUUGACCGCGCUGCACACCGGAGUCGGCAGCCAGCAGCAAUUACUGGAACCCAGGAUGGCGCAGCUGGAAACCUUGGAGGCUAAGAUGGCCAGUAUAGAAGUGUCGCUUUCAACGACGCCAAGAAGAAAAAAAGGCGGUAGUAUUUCCGGAGGCGUUACAUCCUCUACUGGCCACAGGAACAGGGAUCAUUAUAAAGAAUUGGACGCUCUUCGAAUUGCUCUGCGUGACAAAGAAAAUAUCAUACAGACACUCAAAAGUCAGCUCUGUAAUACGCUGAGCAAUAGACUAGCAUUACGCAACGGCGCGCCACCCUUGACCGAGGCCGACAGAAAAGCGGCCGAGGAACGGCUUCAAAGGUUGCGACGGGACGCCGACAAUAAGCGGUUGGCCAUUAAGAACUUGAAGCUAGCGCUCGAGAGACUUGAUAUUACGGAUAAUAUCGACGUUCGAAUACAACAAGCGGAAUUGGAGUAUAGACUGGGUCGCGAGGAACUCGAGUUGCUGACUCUUCACGAGGAGAGCAGAGCUCUCCAAGCUGCAUUGGAAUUGGCUGAAACUCAAGAAAAACAAAAAAAUGACACGAUAUUCAGCUGCAUUUCCGGCUCGACGCAAGUUACAAUCCACGCGGUGGAAGUAAGCGCGGAUCCGAAAAGUCCGCGUUUCGGAGCCGGACCUAGAGAAGACGCGAUCGGUCUCUACGUCGAUUGGGCCGUGGAGGAUUCCGGACUUUGCAAAGGAGACAGGAUUUUGGAAGUGAACGGAAAACUAGUAGUAGGAGCGAGCCGAAGCGAUUUGGCACGGCUUCUGGCCGUUACACCCGACGCUGCGCAAAUAGUGGUCCUUCGAAAAAGCGAGUCCUUGGCAGCGCUGCGCACGCUCCGUUCCGACAAUCUCAGACUGACGCAUAGAAUCGGUUAUCUUGAGGAGCAGGUCAGAGAUCUCUUAGCGCCAAACAGAACAGAAGUCCUCGCCGAGGAUCCAUCUCCGAAUCCUCGUCAGGAGCACGUACAAGUUUUUCAAAAAGGACCUCAAGUGACAGCGUUAGUAGCGAAUUUACCCGGUCUCAACGUGAAAAGUUGUACGGAACUGCGACAGAGUCUACCAACCGUCAGAAAUAAACACGGGGAUCACUCCAGACGUCUGGCAGACUCAAAAAGUCCACUUGAACUCGAUUUCUCAUCCGACGGAGUCUCAAAUGGCUACUACAAACCCCGAAAUAAACAGAAACAUCAAGGAUUUCAUCUAGCCAGAUCGACGGCCAGCCUUGACUGCAGUAACACGACAAUGCAGUCGCAAAUGCAACGUCGAAAAUCGCCGCGCAUCGAGUUCGCGAUGGAGCAUUUGCACAAAGGUCGCAAGAACGCUCCGCACUUGCAAUCCUUGGACUUCGACUCCGAGCCGACUUAUUAUCGUUUGCAGGAGACGCAGUCUCGCGCAUCGGAAAACUCGGAAGCAUCGAUAUACAGUUCUCAGGAGACGAAGACUCGUCCGGCGCCGCCGAAGAAGCCGCUGCGACUCUCUCUGCAUCGCGCGGCGAGUCUUCAGUCGGUCGAGAGCGCACCGCCGGCCACGCCGCAACACGACCUGGCGCGAAGACCCACAAAGAGAAAUUACCGCGGCGAUCCGCCCGCGGAGAAGAACGGAUCUCAACUCGAAACGAACGGGGAGGCGAUUUUGAAUUCGCAAGAGUCUCAUGUCAAUCCGCCUCAGCCACCCCCGAGAACGCCCUCGAGAGCUGAAUCGUGUCAGAGCGCGCUGCGAUGGCCGUCACCGAAGCCGAGACCACAUUUAACAUCUGUGCAAAUAGAAAAAUGGUGCUGAACACUUACGAUUCGGUUUAGCGAAUCACAGAGAAAAAAAAACAACGUAGAGAAUAAGCAGAGAAGUAUUUUUCGAAUCUAUCCUUUUGAAAACACGCUUUUGUUUGAAAAGUAUUGCUUGUACGUUUAAUGCAGCUACUCUUUAGUAACGUAAGAAUAUAUUUAAUGACGCAUUAUGAUAUUAUGUUACAUCAAAGACGUAUUACUUCGAAAGGAUAAAAUUUGAAAUCUAAUGACAGGUCGCAAAACAUAAACACAUGCGAUCUCAGCAAACGUCGUGUGUUUUAAUUUUGUUAUUUUAAUUUUAAGUAACAUAAGUUUUUUAAUCACUAAGAUAUACAGUAAUGAACGAUUGUCACGUGCGUACGCGUGUUUGUACGACAAAGUCAUCCGUGACUUUUGAUAUUGAAACUAGACAAUAAUUCGCGAAAGAGUACAAUUCAUUUUGUGUUAAAAUUACGUAUCUCCUACAUAAAGUUUUUGAGAUCGAUAAGUUUACAAAAUAUCAUAAUAAACACAUAUAUAUAUAUAAACAAAUUAUAUAUUUUAUUGUAAAGCAA